AUGGACGUGGAGCAUAUCGUCGCGCUCCUGACUGAGGUAGAGUCACAAAAUGAACAACCUCGGAAAGGAGAUGUUUCUCUACAGGAUCCCCUGCACGACCGCCUACGUGUUGUCCUAGACGGGAUUGCAAAAGUACUCAUCUCAAAAGCUCAAGGAGAAGUGAUCGCGGUUGGGAUGCAGCAGCAAAACGACCCGACGAAGAAAAUCAUCUUUACUUUCGCGUCUAAUGGAGCUAUUGCCGACAGAACACUUGAACAUGCUCGCAAUCUUGUUCGCGACCUGCAGAAACUCGGCGGAGACUUUGCCAAUUUUCGCAGAGACAAUAUGAAUAAGCUGGAGAUGCAGACCGAAUCCCAACAUUCUGAACUCAGUAGGACUCCAUCCCCUUGGAUGGACGAGAAUAACUUCCCGGUCUAUCUUCAGGAUGAAGCACGUUUAUUUCGUGCUCAUAUUUAUACCUUUUCUCUUCCCAAAAUACACCAAAGACUCCAUAAGCCCUACAGACACACCUCCCGAGGAUUGGCGUUCAUGGAUAUCGCACGCGAACUGCCCGAUGACGGAGAUUCUAAUAGUGUCAAGACUUUGAAGAAAGUCUCCGAUAUUAUAGGUUGGAUGUUACGCCAUUUGCCGAAAAAUGCCGAUUCAUUUCCCGACUCCGAUGUUGACCGGUUAGUGGAUGGGUUAGGUUGCAUCACUGAUAUGGUGCAACAGCUAUUCAAGAUUGAGACAUGGCAGAUAGACCUUUUUCGGGUAUCGCCCGCAGUAACCAACUUUCCGCUUGAGAGAUUCUUAAAAAAAAUGUCUUCAAUUACAAAUGCUACAGAUACCCUUUUAAAGUAUGCCUAUUCGCCACGUUCCUACCAAAAAUACCUGGCGAAGGCAGAAGUAUGUGUUCAGUGCCUUGAAAACAGUCCGAGAGAAAUUCCUCUUCCGGAGUCUAAACAGUGGCGUCACAUCUCUCGAAAAAUUCUUGCGAACCAGGAGGCCGACUCACUGCUCGAUGAGAUUUCAGAGGGAGAUUCAAUUAGCCCAGGAUUUCAUCUACGGAAGCGGUUUGAUGGCAAACAGGCCAUCAAAGGCUCUGUCCACUGCGAAUGCCUACUUGUGCUCCGUCUCGCCGGGGAUAGUCGCACAGGAAUAUCAGCGUUGCCAUAUAUCGGGGUGUCUAAACUAUCUUGCCUCGCAUGUUGGGAGUUUUUCGGGAGCCUGCGUGACGCAGGUCAUAAGUUCUAUACGAAAGGUUCCCAUGCUAAAGCCUAUUUUCCGUGGAAGUUCCCUGACGUUGAGAUGGAUAACGCACAGUUCCUCCAGGCUGAGAAGGCCCAGAUACUGCGGUCCUUGCAAUCGAGACUGGCCACCACAUACACCCAGCGCUUCCAAGUGCAAGAGAGAUCGCGCAGGUUAUCCGAUAGUUCUGUGGAUUCGGCCACGGGCAUGACUCGUAACCGCAGAACCAAUCAUGAUGCCUUCUUUGAUUAA